CAUCGAUUGCGAUACCCGUUGACAGCAAUUGUUAAACCAAUUGUUGGUUAAAAAAUCUCAACAAAAAAAAGUAUUACUUUUGACACAAAAAAAUGUCUAAUAAGAGGACCUCAAGGAUGAGCUUUGUUUCGGUGGAAAGGCAUACAAAGUCAACCAUACGCGUGACGAAUGGCGAUAGAGCCGCGACUACCGGCGCCCCACUGCUGUUGGCGACACUGGGCUCCCGGCGCAGGUCAACGGCCACGACUACCGCUCAGCAACCGGUGGUUAACUCGAGUUCAGUGCGGGUGACAAAGACCACACUUACGGUGAACUCCCUGUCCCCGCAGACACCCAGCACAGACUGGAAAACCCCUACCAGUCCCCUAAUAGCUUACUUUGUAUGCCUUUCCACCGAAACAAAGCUCAUCCUUGAGAAAUAA